GGCGGGCGGCGGCGGCGGGCGUUGGGAUUCACGGGCCAGGGCUUCGCGAGGCUGGAGAGGCCAGGCCCAGGCCGCGGGCAUAGGGCCCUCGCAGCUUCGGGACGCAGUAUAAUUGGAUUUCCAAAAAGAACUAGCUGAGCUCUUGGCUCUAAGGCGCCUAUCGGACUCAGAACGAGAAUCAUCCGUUUGGCACAAACUUGGGGGCCGAGCUUUUGGGGCUGAAGAAGGAGCGGGGGAGUAGAAAAGGAGACGAGGAGGAGGCGGCGGCGAGCAGAGCCUGGAGGCGAGGAGGCGGAGCAGCACCGCCGAGGAGGCGGCCUCGGCUAGCAGGCGGCGGCGCCGGGCUCUCGGCUGCCCCGGGCCAGACUUGGUGUGGGGGGCGCGUGCGUUACUGUGCGCUGUGGGUCGAGAGACUUGAGCGAAGUUUGAAGGGUAACCGGAGACGCUUGUUGCUCCUCGCCGCAGAAAAAGCCACACCGUUACGUCGCGGCGGGAGAAGGCCGCCCCCCUUGGCGCCCCCGGCCCAGGCAGACGAGUUUGGGCUCCCCGCGACUGAUCGAGUGCUGGGCGGAGACGGCUGCGGCGCCCACGCGGCGCGGGCACCCCAGCUGCAGCGCCCUCAGCUCCGCGCCGCCCACGGCCCGGCCCCGGCGCCGGGAGGACUCUCAUGAGCCGGGCGCGGCCGCGCCUCCCCAGAUCCAAGCCUCUCUCGGCUGCCUUGUCGCGCUCCUCCGGCUGAGAGCGCCGCUGCACCCGUGGCCGGCGAUGCGGGGCCCCGGCGCGGCCGCGUCGCGCUUGCCCCUGGGCCUGUGCACUCUAGUGCUUGCGCUGCUAGGCGCGCUGCCCGCCGGUGCCGGGGCGCAGCCUUACCACGGCGAGAAGGGCAUCUCGGUACCGGACCACGGCUUCUGCCAGCCCAUCUCCAUCCCACUAUGCACGGACAUUGCCUACAACCAGACCAUCCUGCCCAACCUGCUAGGCCACACGAAUCAAGAGGACGCGGGCCUCGAGGUACACCAGUUCUACCCGCUGGUUAAGGUGCAGUGUUCUCCCGAGUUGCGCUUCUUCCUGUGCUCUAUGUACGCACCCGUGUGCACGGUGCUUGAUCAGGCCAUCCCGCCGUGCCGUUCUCUGUGCGAGCGUGCCCGCCAGGGCUGCGAAGCGCUCAUGAACAAGUUCGGCUUCCAGUGGCCAGAGCGGCUGCGCUGCGAGAACUUCCCGGUGCACGGCGCCGGCGAGAUCUGCGUGGGCCAGAACACGUCGGACGGCUCCGGGGGCCCAGGUGGCGGCCCCACAGCCUACCCCACCGCGCCCUACAUGCCGGACUUGCCCUUCACCGCGCUGCCCCCGGGGGCCGCUGAUGGCAGGGGCCGUUCUGCCUUCCCCUUCUCGUGCCCCCGCCAGCUCAAGGUGCCCCCCUACCUGGGCUACCGCUUCCUGGGCGAGCGCGACUGCGGCGCCCCGUGCGAGCCGGGCCGUGCCAACGGCCUAAUGUAUUUUAAGGAAGAGGAGAGGCGCUUUGCCCGUCUCUGGGUGGGCGUGUGGUCGGUGCUGUGCUGCGCCUCGACGCUCUUCACCGUGCUCACCUAUUUAGUGGACAUGAGGCGCUUCAGCUAUCCCGAGCGGCCCAUCAUCUUUCUGUCGGGCUGCUACUUCAUGGUGGCCGUGGCGCACGUGGCCGGCUUCCUGCUGGAGGACCGCGCGGUGUGCGUGGAGCGCUUCUCAGAAGACGGCUACCGCACGGUGGCGCAGGGCACCAAGAAGGAGGGUUGCACUAUCCUCUUCAUGGUGCUGUACUUCUUCGGCAUGGCCAGUUCCAUCUGGUGGGUCAUCCUGUCGCUCACUUGGUUCCUGGCAGCUGGCAUGAAGUGGGGCCAUGAGGCCAUUGAAGCCAACUCUCAGUAUUUCCACCUGGCCGCGUGGGCCGUGCCCGCUGUCAAGACCAUCACCAUCUUGGCCAUGGGCCAGGUGGAUGGGGACUUGCUCAGUGGGGUUUGCUACGUGGGCCUGUCCAGCGUGGAUGCGCUGCGAGGCUUCGUGUUGGCGCCUCUGUUCGUCUACCUCUUCAUUGGCACGUCCUUCCUGCUGGCCGGCUUCGUGUCGCUCUUCCGCAUCCGCACCAUCAUGAAGCACGACGGAACCAAGACCGAGAAACUGGAGAAGCUCAUGGUGCGCAUCGGCGUCUUCAGCGUGCUUUACACUGUGCCGGCGACCAUCGUCCUGGCCUGCUACUUCUAUGAGCAGGCCUUCCGCGAACACUGGGAGCGCACCUGGCUCCUGCAGACUUGCAAGAGCUACGCGGUGCCCUGCCCGCCUGGCCAUUUCCCGCCCAUGAGCCCUGACUUCACUGUCUUCAUGAUCAAGUACCUGAUGACCAUGAUCGUGGGCAUCACCACUGGCUUCUGGAUCUGGUCCGGCAAGACUCUGCAGUCGUGGCGCCGCUUCUAUCACAGACUCAGCCACAGCAGCAAGGGGGAGACUGCGGCUUGCAACAUUUGCCAGCAAGAUAACUGGAUUUCCAAAAGAGGGAAGGGUCCAAUCACAGGAGACUUCAUAGCAGAAACAGGCUGGUGAUAUGCAGUAUGAUAUUCUCUCAUGAUGUCUGGGCAGCAGCGAGCUGUAGCUCCCCAUCAGACCAUGAUCAGGAGGGUAAACAACUGAUAUGCCAACCACCAUUCUCCACCCAUACAACCAUUCUGUUUUUCACUUCCAUUUCAUUAUUCAAUAAAAUUGCUUGAGAUAUUCAA